AUGAAUAAAAGCUCGCCUAAAUUUACUUCACAAGGUUCGAAGUUCAAAAAUAAAGUUUAAGAAAUAACUAAGCAACUCACAGUUAUAGACAAACUUGCGGAAGGCAGCCCCAAACAGUAGUUUAUUGAUGAAUAUGGAAUUUAGUUAGAAAUGCCUGCCAAAUACAUCUUCAAAGCCUUCUUUUACAAACCUGAUAUGCACUAUCUUAUCACAGCUUACAUCCAAGUCUAUCCCUAAGACAUUUAGUUCUUAAACUACAGUAUGAUAGAUUAGAAUGAAGAUCCCAGAGAUAAUGACUACUUAGCUUAAUAAAAAGAUCAGAAUGACUGUCUCUGUUUCAAAGUGUAUGGAUUUGAGAAUGAUAGAUAUGCUUAGAAUAAAAAUUUGAGAAAAUGUGAUUUAUCUUAUUAAAACAAGAUGUGCUUCUCUGAUGAUUGUAAGCGAGUUGCAAUCUAUAGAUUGCAUGAGAAUAAUGAGCAUCUGAUAAAUAAAUUUCUUGGAAACUAGAAAAGAUAUGUCAUUGAUAUUUUUGACUGCAGCAAUAUUGACUUCUUUUUGAGACAAGAAAUCUUAACUAACAAGGACCCUAAUCUUAUCUUUACUAUUCAAGAUGAUCAACUACUAGGUGCCUCUACCUUUGAAAGUUCAUCAUUCUAAUUUAGCAGUAACUACAAGUAUCUCCAAGUCAUUGAGUAAAGGAAAAUCAUUCAUAUUUAUGAUCUUUAAGACAAAGACAUAAAACUUAUUAAAUAAGAAAAGAUCUAGGCAACUCUUCCACACAAUUUCGAAAUUAUCGUAACUUUUUCAAUAGAUGAAGAUAGACUUAAUGAAUCUUUAGUUGCUGCAAAGAGAACUGAUUUUAGGAAUAUUGAUAUCUUUCCACUACAAAUGAUAAUUGACAUUAUGACUAGGCAAUAGGAACUAUCGAAAAUCAAUCUUAUACAAAAAGAAUAUUUGAAAAUUGCUGCCAAGUAUCCAAUUAGCUCAAUAAGACUUCAAAGUUUUGAUAUAAAAACAACAUCACUCAAAUUUUCUGCUGACAUGACAUAAGCUAUCUAUUGCAAUUAUAAUCAAAGCACAUUACUCUUGCUUGCGGAAGAUGGUAUGUCUCAACAUUAAAUAGAUAUCAACCAUCUUGAUGGAAAGAUAUCCCGCCAUAUAGCUACUUAUGGUGACUCUGAAUUUUUGAUAGCAACUGCUAAUGCUUAAGAUAAAAGUAUAUGUGUUAGACAUUCAUCUGAUGCUAACAAGAAAAUAAAAUUCUAUUUCAGAUUUAAAGAAGGUGUUACUGAUAUUCGGGAUAUCUACUCCUAUCAAAAUAAGGUUAGAAUCCUUGUAACUAGAGAUGAUGAAGAAUUUAUUAUUUAUGAAUACGAAAACUUCUAGACUAAAGAAACUUUUUGGCAAAGAUUCUAUGAAAGUUCAAACUAUAUUUUUGAAUGGCCUUAUCUUUGCUAUUUGAAGGGUCAAAGGCAUAUCUUGAUUUAAAAUGCAUUUAAUACUGAGCUAGCUUUUUAUCUAGAACUGGAAGAGUUAUAUAAUGAAGGUGAUCCGAAUGCUUUUAUUUCUAAUAUGUUCUUAUCUGAUAAGUGCCUGCUCUAUGUUAUAAUUCAAACAAGUAAGCAGUAUAUUAUAUACGAAUAAGAUCUCGACAAAUGUAUGCCAUACAUCUUUGAUAGGAAGAAGCAUACAGGAGGAGAAAAUACACCCAUUAAGAGUAUGGUUACUAGAGUAUAAUCUACCUUUAGGACUAAAUAGAAUACACCUAUUGCUAGAAUAUUUAAAGAUUAGAUCUAAAAUAAAAGCAUCUAUAAAUUUUAUGUGAGAAGCUAAUCUACUAAAGAAAUCAUUCAAACUAACGAGGAUAGAAUAAUUUUCUUUUUAUGCGACUUCAAAAUCUAUGGUAUAAUAGAUGGUAAACUUAGAAUCAUUGAUAGUGGCUAUAAAAUUAGAGAAAUUUAAUACAAUCUUCUUGCAUAUAAUACUGUUGAUGAAAACAAAAAAAAGACAAACGAAAUAAAAUAUCUAAGAAUUGGCCACUCUGAUUGCUAGAGCUAUAAAGUAUUUCAAGAAACAGAUGGAAAACUAAUUGAAUUUCUUGUUUAAGAAGGAAAACUAUUAAUAUUAAACAAACCUGAAAAAAGUGAGUAAUACCUCAUCAAGAUCUACGAUAUCAACUAAAACUACCAGAUCAAAUUGAAAUAUGUAAUACCUACAACUGACGAAAAUUUAAUAGGAAAUCUAUAAACUAUCAACUAUUUCUAAGGAUCAAUGAUUCCAGCAGGAAAUGAGCUGUAUAACCUAGUUUUUAAUGGAGAAAAAUAUGUAAUUCAUCACUUUAAAAACAUUAUUCCAAUACUCCCAUAAUAUGGCAACUAGCUUGCCUUUUAUUCUCCACUUAUGAAUACCGAUUAUCGGAAAAUGAUAUAUUUUGUAACAAACAAAGUUUAGAUGAAAACUAAAAGAGCAAUAAUUAUCCCAUUUUUAGGAGAUAACUUCUCAGUUUUCAACAAGAGGACUAAUAUAACAUAAUUCUGCUAAUUUUAUGAGUACGUUCACCCAGAAUAAAAUCAAAAAAUUUUAGAUGUUUUGUGUCUCAUCCCUUACAUUUAAAGAAUUUUUCAUUAUAAUCUCAAGGGAUAAUUAGUAUCAAGUUAUCAUAUGAAAAAUGAUUUCUAAACAUAUGGAGAGAUGACACUAGCAUUAAGUUAAAAUGGAAAAACAUUCUUAUAAACUUUUGAAGAAGAUAUCACAAGGUCAAACUUCCAUAUUUUGAAGAUAUACAUUAAAUCUAUUGGCAAUUAAAAGAGUAGCAAUUAGAGAAGUAAUGAAUAAAGUAGCAAUAAAGUCUGGUCAAUGAAAACAUUUAAAAAGCUCCAUACUUUUAAUUUUGCUAACUAAUAGUCUGAAUUGAAGGUAACUAUGCUUGAGCAUAUUCAGGCAGAUAAAAUUAGAGUAAAUGAUUCUUUUUAUGCUAAAAUCAACAAGUUCUACCUUAAUGAAAUUAUCAAUUAUUAUAAUGCAAAAGGCUGUGAAGUUCUUUACAAAAUGAAUGAUCAUAUGGAUAUACUGAUUGGAUUUGUCUACUCAUCAUAAGCUUUAGGUCAUGUUACGAAUAAUAAUAAAUACUUGAAAGAGCUACUCCUUUUAAAAAGAUAUGAUGAUAGCAAACGAGUUGUAUUUAGAGUUCGAAUAAAUCAGGACGAGGAAUAAUAAGGAAGUAAGCUUGCAGAAAUAAUUGGAUUCAACCUAUAGGAAAAAUUACUUGAAGGCAAGUAGAAUCAAAACUAACCUUCGAAUCAAACAGCUGAAUAAGAAUUCUUUGGGGAUAUGUAACCACUAAAAUAAUGCUACAACUUUAUAGUUACAAAUGAUAAAGUCAUCUUAUGGUCUAAAUCAUAAGUAUAUCAUGGAGAUCUCAAAUUUGUGAACUCUAAUUCGCAUUAGAUAACUUUAAAGUAAAUUGAGACAGAAAUAGAAAAUAAGGAUGAAGCACAAAUUGUUUCAGUUAAUGCUUAUGGUCAAAACGAUGAAGAUAUAAGAAUGGGAAACUAUUAUAUCUAUAUCAAGAUUGAGGUAGAUAAUAGCUACUCUUUUAUAACAAAGUACAAUAUUCUUAAGGAUAAAGAAUUCUCAUCAUUUGAUUGUUCAAAAUAGGCACAAAUAUUCUUUGACACUAAAUGUGAAGGUUAUAUCUUAGAUGAUGAUUCUAUUAUAGACAUAGAUUAAGGUACACCUUUAUAUCACUAUAAAACAGGUAUGGAUAAUUAUUAGAUCUAGUACUUAUUUGGACAAAAAAUUGACAAAGGAUCAAGAUUCUGCUCAAAAAAUCAACAUUUCUUAAUCAGAAAUAAGUUUUUCAUUCCUUAUAGUUUCUUUUCCCUUGUUUAAAUGGAAUCAUAAAAAGAAAAGGGUCUCACUUUGAAUAAUGACAUUUAUGACCCAGAAGCAAUCUAUUAUUAUGAAGGAUAAUCAGUUCUGCAUGAGUAUGCCAACAAUUAUAAGCCUUUGGAAUUUAUCUUGAACAAGUAUCAAUAAACAAAUCAAAAACUAUUGAACAUGAUUUUUAUCAAAGAUGAUUAAGGAAAUAACGUACUAUAGAAAGCUAUCAAAUAUGGAAAUACUAGAUGUGUAAAACUUAUCCUAGACAAAUUGGCAUCUGUAUCAAUGAAUAACAUUCAUGCUGUGAAGCAAAACUUUGUGGAUCUACUAGACUAUAACGGUUUUGAAGAAUAUCUUAGGCUGUGUUUCUUUUAGACAUUGUAAAUGCAGAACAAACAAAUAUUUCAAAGGAAAUCAAAAGUAGAAAGUCUAUCUUACUUUAUUGCCCCUCAUAGUACAUCAUUCCUUGAUUCUAAGUUUCACAAAAACUUUUAGGACACUACUCAACCUAUGAAGCAAGUUGUAAUGAAAGCUCUAGAUGCUGGCUGGAUCUUAAGAACUGAUGCAGGAAUUGAGUUCCAAAUUAAGCUUUCAGAAUCAGAAAAUAUGGAUUAUUUUGCAAUCGAAACAAUCCAAUUGCUAGUUAACUAUUAAUGGAACAUAAUGAAGCCUCUUCUUAUUAAAUGGCUAUUCAUACCUUUCAUUAUAAACAUGGUUGUCUAUAGCUACUUCUCUGUAUCUACCUACGAGACUUAAUUUUAAGAUGAUUAUGAGGGUGAGAUGUAAGGUAUUAAUAUCACAGUUUAAGUAGCUAUAUUAAUUUUUGCUUUCUAAACUCUCACCAUUGAGUAUCGCUAGAUGAAAUUCCAUAAAAAGGAGUAUCUUAAAUCAUUUUGGAACUUAUUAGAUCUUUCAACAGUAAUUCUUGCUCCAUUUACUGUGAUUAUGAGCCAAGCUUCAGUAGAUUAAGCUAUUGUUCGACCCUUUAUGGCCAUUUGCAAUUUGAUUUUUUAUAUGAGAUUCUUUUAUUUCUUGAGAAUUUUUGACAAUUCUUUACAUCUUGUGAGAACAAUUAUUGAGAUCACUUAUGAUAUUAGAAAUUUCUUAUUUGUAUUCUUCUUGGGUAUUAUUGGUUUUGGAACAAGCUUUUUGAUACUUUCAAACAAUAAUUCAAAGGAAACAUAAGGAGCUGUUUUCCUUUAAAGCUUUUAGGAAUCAUUUAUUUUUUCUUAUAGAAUGGCUCUUGGUGAUUUUUAAUUAGAUGGUUUUCCUUAAGCUACUGAUUAAUUUCUUAUCUACUCAUUGUUUGUUAUCUGCUCAUUAUUCAGUGCUGUUAUUUUACUAAACAUGUUGGUAGCAAUAAUGGGUGAAUCAUUCAACAGAGUAAAUGAGAGCUCUGAAAAUUAAAUAGUCAGAGAACAUCUAUAGCUUAUUGUAGAAAAUGAUUUUCUAUUUGAUCGCAAGAAAGAGUUCUCUAAUGUGAAAUAUUUGAUAGAAAUCAAAGAUGAUAUUGAAGAGGAUGAUAAAGAUGUUAUUCAUCAAAAGAUAGAUCAAAUUAAGUCUCUAAUCAAUUAAGCAAGUGAAGAUUCAUUACACUAAAGCCAAGAGAUUAAAGAAAUUUUAUUAGGAAAUGAUGUCAAAUUUCAGCAGCUUAGAAACUAGAUAAAUAAACUUACCGAACAACAGAGAAUGAAUAUUAAUGAAACCAAUGAAACUCUUCACUCACAAAGCAGUUUCAUCUUAAGUGAGAGUUAAUCUAUUCUCGAAUUAAGCAGCAAGAGAUAUUGA